AUGAAUUCUUGUGGUGGAAUUUCCACUUGCACACCAAUCUUGAGACCCAAUAAUGCCAUUGUUCCAAAAUGCAAAGCAAUUUUCCCUCGCAUUCAACAACUGUCCGGUUUCUACAAUAGAACCCAAUUUUCCCUGCAAUUUUCUGCGUCUCAGUUCAAUUAUCCGUUGAAAUAUGGAGAUAAUUUAAAGAUUUUAGCAUUUGGGUCUUCCAACGGAAACUGGGUAGAGGUGGAGGCCGAUAAUCUUAAAGAAUACAAGAGUGAUGAGUUCAUAGUGGUGAAUUUUUACCGGUUUGUGUGUAUUAAAAACCCAGAAGAGCAGGUCUCUAAACACCUUUCCUUCAUGCAGGGUCGGGAUAUUCAUGGUCGUAUAUACCUGAAUGAACAAGGGAUUAAUGCCCAGUACAGUGGGCCAUCAAAAGAUGCUCUUGCAUAUGUAGAAUGGGUGAGGGAAGAUCCCAGGUUUUCUGAUAUAUUGGUUCAGAUCUCUCCAGCUUCAAAUGGCCAUGCCUUCCCAAGACUGAAGCUGCGAUAUAAACCAUCACUUGUACAGUUGGAAGGAGGGAUUUCACACCUUCCUUUGCUUGACCAAUCAAUGCGAGCUACACCUCUUACACCAACUCAAUGGAGGAGCAGAAUGGAAUCAGUAAAUAAUAAAAAUUCAUCAUAUUCAGUCAAUACACACUGCAUUCUACUCGAUGUUAGAAAUGGUUAUGAAUGGGACGUUGGUCAUUUCCAAGGGGCUCAGCGCCCUGAUGUGGACUGCUUUCGAAGCACUUCUUUUGGCCUAUCAGAGUCUGAGGUCAUGGCUACAGAUCCUUUGGCUAAUGUUGAUAAAGAGAAAACAGAUAUACUGAUGUAUUGCACUGGUGGAAUCCGCUGUGAUGUGUACUCCACUAUACUUAGGCAACGAGGUUUCAAAAGUCUAUAUACUCUGGAAGGAGGUAUUUCUCAUUAUCUCGAGAAUGAAGGUUCUGUUGGAUGGGUUGGAAAUCUGUUUGUUUUUGAUGACCGUCUUUCUCUACCACCUUCUACCUAUAAGCCAAAAAUUAAUACUGAAGCUAGUAGAAUGCAAGACACAUCCCAGAAUAAUUCAUUUGCUAAAUGCUUCACAUGUGGCUCACAAGUUUCGGAGUUGAGGCACCGCAACUGUGCAAAUCUUGACUGCAACCUACUUUUCCUAUGCUGCUUUGCAUGCGUGGAUAAGUUGAAAGGAUGUUGCUGCUUGAAGUGCAAAUCUGCCUCUCGUCUUCGACCUGUGUUGCCUAGUGAUCAAAGAUACAAGAAAUGGCACAAUUAUCGCGCAAGUUUGGAGCUCUGCAAGAAUGGUGAAAAGCAUCAAUAUAGAGCAGCUGAAUAA